ACCCACGCACACACUUGUACAUCGCGUCUUGUCACGGUAUGCUACAGAUGUUUACCUGUGCCCUAGAAGCUGUCAUCCCGGGAGGUCUCUGCAACCCCAGCAGGUCAUUGAUAUGCUGCUAUCCCUGAUUCCUCCCUCUGGUAUCCAGCAAAGCCAGGAUGUGAGAGAGAGACAGAGAGAGCGAUCCCUAUCACAGGAGUCAAGCACAGAGAGCCUCAACCGUCUCAGUCUCAUUGGUGAUUGAAGGAGACUGAAUAAUAUGAAACAGAAAAAGGUGCAGGUCAACAGACCAGUUGUCCAUGUCAGUGUCAACAACAACAACAACAACAACAACAACAACAACAACAACAACAACAACAACAAAAUCUCUGUUACGGAAGGUUUCAGAGCACGAUAUGGCUGUGUAGAAGACUAAACAGUACACAACAGAAGACUAAAAAGAAGACUUCAAAGUGCACAAAAAAUGUUGAAGAUUACCAUGUUCCUGUGGCAAACUCACCUGCUUCUGGGAGUGGCCAGCUCCCUAGUCAUCCACUCCAUGCCCUGGCGCGUGGCUUGUCCUCAUCAGUGCGUGUGUCAGAUCAAACCCUGGUACUCCCCUCAGUCCGUGUACAGGGAGGCGCCCACAGUGGACUGCAACAACCUGCUGCUGACCACUGUUCCAUCGUCGUUGCCUAGCGACACCCAGACCCUGCGUCUCCAGAGCAACCUCAUCAGUUCCCUGGACCAGAGCGAGCUGGACGGGCUGGCCAACCUCACCGAGUUGGACCUCUCCCAGAACAGCUUCAGCACCACGCGCCAGGUGCACAUCACGGCGCUGCCGAGCCUGCUCAGCUUCCACCUGGAGGAGAACCAGCUGAGGCACCUGCCUGACGCCGCGUUCGCCGGUCUCCCGAGCCUCCAGGAGCUCUACCUGAACCACAACCGCCUGAGGAGCAUCGCCCCAGGCGCCUUCAAGGGCCUCAAGAGCCUGCUCAGGCUGCACCUCAACUCCAACCAACUGGUGACCAUUGACCGGCGCUGGUUCCAUCACCUGCCCACACUGGAGGUUCUGAUGGUCGGCGGGAACCCGGUGGACACGAUACAGGACCUGAACUUCAAGCCUCUGGUCUCGCUGCGCAGCCUGGUGCUGGCGGGGAUGGGUCUGCGAGAUCUCUCCGAGCGGUCGCUGGAGGGCCUCGACACCCUGGAGAGCAUCUCGUUCUACGACAACCAGCUGACCAGGGUGCCCAAGGAGGCCCUGCAGAAACUGCCCGAGCUGAAGUUCCUCGACCUGAACAAGAAUCCCAUCCAGGUGGUGCAGAGGGGGGACUUCAGGGACAUGCUGCGUCUGAAGGAGCUGGGCCUGAACAACAUGGACGAGCUGGUGUCGAUCGAGCACUCGGCCAUGGAGAACCUUCCGGAGCUCACCAAGCUGGAGAUCACCAACAACCCGCGUCUCUCCUACAUCCACCCCAAGGCCUUCCUGCAGCUGUCCAGCAUGGAGAGCCUGAUGCUGAACAGCAACGCCCUGAGCGCCCUGCACCGCCAGACGGUGCUCUCGCUGCCCACCCUGCAAGAGAUCAGCCUGCACAGCAACCCCAUUCGCUGCGACUGCCUCGUCCGCUGGAUGGUCGCCGAUAGCAGCGACAAGCCCGUGCGCUUCAUCGAGCCCCAGUCGACGUUCUGCUCCGAGCCGCCCGAGUUGAAGGCGCGGCGGGUCAAGGACGUGUCCUUCCGCGAGAUGGCGGACACCUGCCUGCCUCUCAUCGCACCCAGCACGUUCCCCACGCUCGUGAAGGUGAAGCGUGGCGAGAACAUCGCACUGCACUGCCGAGCCCUGGCCGAGCCGGAACCAGCCAUCUUCUGGGUCACUCCCAAGGGUGUCCGCCUGUCUCCGCUGAGCAGCUACGGGAGAUACCAGGUGCGGACCGAGGGAACGCUGGAGAUCCUGGGAGUCACACCAGACGAGGCGGGGCUCUACACCUGCGUGGCCCAAAACCUGGUGGGAGCUGACACGCGAAGCCUGACCCUGAAGGUGGAAGGAGGAGGGGAGCCAGAAACAACGUAUGAAACUAACCUGAACAUGGCGAUGAGCUCCCAGCCAGACGAAGACAGGCUUGAAGUGAGGGACGUGAGUGAGCGUUACGCCCUGCUCUCCUGGCAGUCGGCACGUAAUGUCCCCGCCCCCGCCCGGCUGACAUGGCUGUCCAACAGCAGCAGCCGAGAGGACGACAACACGCCACCACGUAGACACAGUCGCCGCCUCCUCGCCGGCACCCACGGCUUCAACCUCACCCGUCUGCAGCCCGGGACGCACUACAAGGUGUGCCUGCACACCGGCCCCAACGACACGUCCUGCAUCCACCUCAGGACCAAGGAGCGCCCCACCACCGCCACCAAGGCCGAGACCCCCGACCUGACGCCCGCCGUCCUGCUGGCCGUCUCGGCCUUGCUCCUCCUGCUGGCGGCGCGCACGUGCCAGGCCGGAGCCUCGCUCGGCUGGAAGGAGGAGGAGAUGGGCAAGACACACACCAUGCUGUUGUCGCAGGAGGCGCAGGCCUUCAUGCCGGCUCCAAUCCUUUACCCGCUGAUGCCACCUCCUCCACCACCGCCUCCUUCCACAGAGCAGCAGCAGCAGCAGCAGCAGGAGAAGAAGGUGACAGAAGAGGUCCAUGACAAAGGGGGGAGGGUCUUGGGGGGUUCUAACAGCUCAGGGCCAUUGGAGUCUCCUCCUCCGCAGAACCAGACCACUCAACAGUGCUGAGCAAGAAACACACACACACACACACACAAACACACAUACACACACAAAAACAGACAUCAAGGAAUUUACAGCGAGAAGAACACACGUCUAGAGAAGCGGUCUACUGCUGCAGAACUAACAAUGAAGAACAAAUCUCGUCCUAACUUAAAUUGGAAUCAUUCUAUCAACUCUAUCAACAUCAAAAAGAGGUUCCAUGUGUUCUUUAACAGUGUAAAACUUCUUUAUUGGUAUUUAUACAAAUUUAUUAAAAAAUAUAUAUACACAUGAUAUAUAUGGAAAACAGUCAUAAAUGUAUUCAGAUGUAUACGCUGUGAGAGCAAAUGUUUCAGUCACACAGACAAAAAACAGUUGACUUUUACACAAUCAACAAUGAACUAGGUCGGUAAAAAAGAUCGGUAGGCCUAUAAGAAAUGUCCAACUGUGUAAUGAUAUAUUUUUUCAUGAAAAAGGAAUAUAUUGAAGGAAUUUGACAGAUGGGUCACACAUGAUGAGGAGGGUCAACGAAGAACACAAGGACAUCAGUCUGGGGAAAGAAAGAUCUCCAGGUGUGAUGUUCAGGUAGAAAAAAAAUGGGAAAAGGUACAAUUCUAUUUUUUAAAGACUUUAAAACAAAGAGACUGUAUUGGAGAAGCAAAGAGAAGAAGAGAAGAGAAAAUGAUGCUGAAGGUGAAGAUUUUCACCAGUGCAGGAGGCAGAUUUUUGUUUUCAAUGCAGGAAGCAGACCUGUUGUAGGCCUACAUGAAGUCACAUCAGGCGGAUUAUUGUUUUAAGUUCUUCUGAGAUGUUUUACAUAUGUUUUACAGAAAUGAGUUUGGCAAGGUACUAGAUCGUGAAUUAUGUGAAACCUUCUCCCACCAUCUUUUAGAAUGUGUGUGUGUGACUGACUGUCGUAAAUAAGACCGAGAAAAGAGUGAGGAAACGUUUCAUGGUGGGAUCAAGGAAAAUGGCUUGAGCACACUCUUACAGUAAGUCUCUCCCACGGUGACAAGACAUGCCAGCCUUGGGCACCGGAGCAGGAACGACGUACAGUAUGUGUCUGUCCUACUUGGCUGGACCAACAGAUCUCUUUUCCUCUUUCAAUAUGCCACAGCAACAGCCGAUUAGUAUGCCAUUUCCUCAUUAUUAAUUAGAACAAAACUGGCCAAUGAUAAAAUAUUUUUGUCCACCCCACCUCACAACACCCCCACCCCCACCCCCUGGUCCGAUUGCUGGAUACCAACCCAAUAAAAACUGCAUCCGCACCAGGCUGGCUUUGACCUUGAAAAGGGGAAAACAAAACAGGUUGGUAGGCGGUGAAGUGAGGACAGGCAUCUGAUGCAAGACACUCAAGGUACUCUGGAGUCUGCUUUUGUCUUUGGUUCAAUGUCCUGCGCCGAGGAAAUUCAGUGCAUUUUCUAACGUAAUGCCAUUUUAAAGUAGCCCAGCUUUGUUUGAGUUUUUGUCUAUCUGUGAUUAUUGUGUCCUCAUGUUCGAAUAAUACCCUCUCUAACUGCCCCGUAACAAUGUUUUCUCCCGUUUCAAAAUGGUUGAUUUUAUGGUUUAUUUCUAUGCUGAGCUGUACAUAAAUCAGUCUGACUUUCCUAUUCAAUGUACUGCUUCUCUUUCAAAGAAAAUUUAGAUCACUUAUGUGUUAAAUACUAUUUUGACCUAUUAUUAAAACAU